UUAAAGUGCGCUACAUUUGGAGUCUAGUCAACGACGUCGUGUCUUUCAUGUGAAUAAGAAAAGUUGCAUCACACUUACUUGCUUGGACUAUAUAUAAAUAGACUGAAAAGUAGCCGUCAACACACAUCCGCACACAACCAUGGGACGCCGAAAGAGCAAACGCAAGGCCCCUACAAAGAAGAGGGCAGGACCACUUGAUUCUCAGUUCACAUGUCCAUUCUGUAACCAUGAAAGAUCCUGUGAAGUUGACAUGGAUCGUCAAAGAAACACUGGUACUAUAAGCUGUCGCGUAUGCCUUGAAGAUUUCCAAACUACCAUUACCUAUCUUUCCGAGGCAAUUGAUGUGUACAGCGACUGGAUAGACGCGUGUGAAUCUGCCAAUAAAUGAACACUUCUCAACGAGUCACUCUCUCCCUUUCUUUGCUCGUUUUUCUCUAUUUGUGAUUUUAUAUUCAUUUCUGUAAUGCUCAAAGUGAACUCUGUUUGUUUUUAUUGUCUCAACGAUGCAACCAAGCCCACCUUCCACAAUAAUUUCGUUAUCUCAGCACUCACCAUUGUUAUUGUUAUCGCUAUUAGCUACACUUGCAAUGUUAUUGUGCAAUCAA